UUCACCAUUCCCAUUUCAAAUCACACCACUUCAACCCAACCAUGUAUGACACACGCGAGACCAACCCUCAUUUCCUGCCCCGAAAUCAACGGUCCUCCCAACCCCAUGACCCAAACGAUACAAUCAUCCCAACAUCACAACAGCCACAAAGGUACUCACAACCCCAUGACCCAAGCGAUACAAUCAUUCCAGCGUCACAACAACCACAACGGUACUCCCAACCCCAUGACCCAGAGGGUCCAACCGUCCCACUGGCACAAUUACCACAACGGUUUAGACGAUCCCCCCCAUCACAUUUACUUCCACCUAUGGUUCCCUUAUCAACACGCUCCGAAGAGCCAAAGAAUUCUCAUUUACCAAUAUCCACUCCGAUAUCUGCUACAUCUGCACCACCAAGGGGACUAGCACAUUCACGACCACCACCACCCACCUCUCACCGCCCAUCGCCACCUAUGCGGGUCCCACCUACACGAAAAACCACACCCCUAGGUUGGCUACUCGCCAUAUGUUGUGUUCUGUUUUGGAUCAUUAUAAUACUUGGAGGCUUAAUUCUUUUGAUAUUCUACCUGGCUUUCCGCCCAAAAUAUCCUAAAUUCGACAUAGCAAGUGCAAGCCUGAAUGCAGCUUAUCUUGAUCUCGGGUAUCUACUAAACGGCGACAUGACUUUGCUAGCCAAUUUCACUAACCCGAAUAAGAAAGUGAAUGUCGAAUUUCGUUACAUGGUCAUUAAUCUUUACUUUGAAGGUACACUUAUCGCUGCUAGAUAUGUUGAACCUUUAUCCGUGUCACGAAAAGGGUAUGAGCUAAGAGAUGUUCAUCUAGUAAGUAGCCAAAUUCCGUUUUCAAAAACACAUGUCGCCCAUUUAAAUCAACAAAUGAGACUGGGGAGAGUCAUGUUCGAAUUAAAGAGCUUCCUUCGAACCACAUCGAAUCUAGGUGGGUUUUUUCGGUACUCGUAUUGGUUGUAUGGUCGUUGCAACUUCGUAGUGAGUGGUCCUCCUAGCGGAAUUUUGGUCGCGAAACAUUGCGUCACUAAAAGGUGACAAUUAAUUAAGGAGGAUUUUGUCGCUUUAAUUAAACAUCAGCGUAACAGCUAAAACAAGAGAAGGGGGAAGUUAUAGCGACUUUCAAAUAUUGUUUGAACUUUCUAUUUUUUUUUUUAAUUUUUUUUCAUGGAAGUUUUUUUUGUAAUAUACUAUUUUUAGUUCGAUAAA